AUGCGGUCCUUUCUCAAGGCGCCGCUACUAUUGCUAGCAGCCGCCGCCUCUCUGCUCUCGCCCGCCCAUGCCGACAGAAAGUUACAGUCUCUCGCCCUCAGCACCUGUCAGGACAACUCGGGCUUCUCCGCCUCUCUCUUCAGGGUCACCUUCACUCCCAACAACAAUACCGCUUUUAUCUCCAUGGUCGCUACCUCGUCCAUCCACGGCUAUGUCAACUUCGAUGUCAGUGUUCAGGCCUACGGCUACCAGAUUAUUCGCCAGGCUGUCGAUCCCUGCAAGACAACCCUCUCUGGUCUCUGCCCCAUGGUCGCCGGUAAGAUUCCUCUCGACUUCAACCUCAACCUAGGCGAAGGUGCCGCUGCCAACAUACCCGGAAUUGCCUACGCCAUUCCCGAUCUCGACGCCAAGGUCCGCGUUCUCAUCAACUCCACCGACGGUUCUGGCGCCAUUGCCUGUGUCGAGGCCGACAUCUCCAACGGAAAGACGGUCGACUUGGCUGGAGUCAAGUGGGCUACCGCCAUUAUUUCUGGCCUGGCCCUCAUCUCCUCUGCCAUUGUCAACGGUCUCGGCCAGUACAAUACGGCCGCUCACGUCGCCGCCAACUCGCUUUCGCUCUUUGGCUACUUCCAGUCCCAGGCCAUUGUCGGCCUCACCAGCGUCAAGAUGCCCCCCAUUGUCAUGGCAUGGACUCAGGAUUUCCAAUGGUCCCUCGGCAUCAUUCGUGUUGGCUUUCUCCAGGAUCUCACUACUUGGUAUCAACGUGCUACCGGUGGCAAGCCUUCCACCAUCUUUGACUCCAUGCUCACCCGCUCUGUUCUGGUUCAAAAGAGAGGCCUCGACGUGGCCGAGGCUACUGUCAACACCGGCGUCGACUUGUUUAAUCGCGCCGUCGCCAUGGCCCCCAAGGUCGUCCACUCCAUUGCCAAGCGCGCCAACAUCGAGACUAGCCAGGGCACAUACGUUGUCUACGGUAUUCAGCGUGUGGCUUUCCGCGCCAAGAUCGAGACCACGAAUCUCUUCAUGACUGGUCUCAUUUUUUUCGUUCUGUUUGGCUUCUUCACCGUCCUUGGUGUCGCCGCUUUUAAGGGCAUCUGCGAGCUUCUUGCCAAAAAUCAAAUCAUGAAAAACGACCGCUUCCUCGAUUUCCGUAAUGGCUGGCUCACCGUGCUCAAAGGUAUCCUCUACCGCGUUGCGCUUCUCGGCUUCCCCGGCGUCACUCUUCUCUGCCUGUGGGAGUUUACCCAGAUUGAUUCGCCCGCCGAAGUUGUCUUGGCCGUUGUUUUUCUCUUUGGUCUAGUCGUUACUCUCGGCUGGGGUGCCAGCAAGGUCAUUCGCAUCGCCCGCCGCUCCAUCGUCAUGCACAAGAACCCGGCCUACAUUCUCUUCUCCGACCCUCAGGCUCUCAAUCGCUGGGGUUUCCUCUACAUGCAAUUCCGCGCCUCUGCAUAUUACUGUAUCGUCCCUGUCCUUGUCUAUGCCCUCAUCAAGUCCAUGGUCAUUGCUUUUGGCCAGAAUAACUCGGUUGCCCAGGCCAUCUGCCUGCUCAUUGUCGAAGUUGGCGCUCUGAUUGCCGCUUCUGUCAUGAGACCAUGGAUGGACAAGCCUACGAACUCCUUCAACAUUGCCAUCUGCGUCAUUAACUUCCUAAACGCCGUCUUUCUCCUCAUUUUUUCCAACAUCUUUAGCGCUCCUACGCUCAUGAUUGGUAUUGUCGGUGUCGUUCUCUUUGUUCUCAACGCCGCCUUCUCUCUCAUUCUACUCCUCAUGGUCAUCAUAUCUACCACCAUCAGCUUCUUCCGCAAGAACCCCGAUGCCCGCUACCAGUACAUGGCCGACGAUCGCGCUUCCUUUAUGAAGUCCCAGACCCAACUCAACGGCAACACUGAACUCGAUGCUCUCGGUGCCACUGCCCGUGGCGACAAGAUGGGUGGCUACAAAGCUCCUGUUGACCUUGACGAUGACCAUGACUCUCUUCUCGACCCUGGCCGCCAGGAUCCUUUUUCAUCCAACAAUCAGUCGCAGACGUCUUUCCACCAGGGCGGUCAGGGCCCCAGAUCGCCCGUCAACCCCUCGAUGCCCCUGUUCCCAGGUGCUCGGUCUGAGAGCCCCUACCGCUCGCAGUCGCCAAGUCCAUCACAGUCCAACCCAUACGGCAACCAGGCGUCCCUGGGUCCUUCGCCUCAAAGAGGGCCGAUUCCUAACCGCGGGCCGUCUCCACAGCACGGCCGAGCACCUUCGCCGCAGAUGAACCGCGGGCCGUCACCGCAAAUGCAAAGUCGCGGGCCUUCACCUCAGAUGCAGAGUCGUGGACCUCCUCCACAGCAGCGUGCACCGCCUCCUGGCCAAGGCAAUUAUAGACAACAAAACUCGUCCAGUCCUUGGCAGCGUGGAGCGGGAUACGACCACUAA